AUGAUGGAUGCCGAUGGGAUCGAUAUCGAUGAUAACGAUGACGACGAUGCUGGCAUAUUCAUAAUCGCCGAUGACCGCCAAAGUGAGGACGAUGACACCCUCACUGGUGAAGACAACGUUCUUUCAGCAGUGCACACGAAGCGCACUGCUGUUGACAAGGAUGAAACAGCAGAAGAAUACUGCUGA